CCUAAUUGCGCCCAUCUUUAAAAGAUACAGGGUUCUCGGUCGAGGAAAAGAUCCCUCUGAAGAAGCAGAAAGUUCUGCGAAACGUCAGGGCUUUGCAAACAGGACUUCACAGUGGAUUUUAACAUUGCUUGGCUUUUAAUCACCUUUUUGAUUUUAACCAAUAUAAUUAAAAGUUACGUUUUAGAAUUAAGAUGUGGAGGGGUAAGGGGGAGCUCAUUGUCUAAAGGUGCACAGACACUUGGGGAAACAAUUGGGAUUUUAAACCUGUGGGACCAGAUUUUUUAACAGGAUUGGACCCAGAAAGAACAACUGAUUACUGCCCCAGCCUUUGAAUUCGGGAACCCUAAGAAACAAUCGGUACACCUCAUCUCCAUCUCUAUAUGGCAAUAACCCGGUCUGCAAAGAACACGGCGAAAGAUCAACGGAUCACAGCCCCAGCCCUGGAGUUCGGGAACAUCAAGAAACAACCAUAACCUCAUCUCUACCUUCAUACUUCAAUAAACCCGGCAGACAAAAUAACAAGGCGGAGGCGCCAGGCAAGGGGUACAGACAAGGACAGGGCAAUUCAAGGGGCACAUGACGAGGACUAAAGGGCAAGACAAUGGGCAACACCCCAAAGCUCCCAAAUCCGAACCCCCACAAAAAACGAAUAUAGCUGUGCCUCUACCGGUCCAGGGUCCCUGUACAACUGGCGCCUCAAAAUACCCACCAUCACACCCACCACAGCCCCACCUUCAACCCCAACCCCAACCACAGCCUAUACCCACACACCCUUCCCAAAAACCCUUCUAUCACAAGGCUAGGCCGAACUACAAGGUAGCAGAUUGGAACAUUGAGGGACAUACACCAACACUCAUCAUAGGAGACUCAAAUCUCAACCGGGUCCCACCAUUCAAUAACCCCAACAUCCAGGUAGACAGUUAUCCAGGGGCAACAUUUUAUCACUUCAUAAAAGUACUGGAAAAAACCCCCAUACACACAGACACGGCGACGGUUGUUAUCUCGGUGGGCCUGAACAAUAAAGACCAUGACCCAUUCCAAACAUCACUAAAACAGUUGUCAGUUAUGCACAAGGAGGCAAAGAAAACAUUUCCAAACGCAACCAUAUACAUUCCUGUCAUCAGCCAUUCACCUCUUCUUACUCCACAGCAGAAGAGAAACCUUAAGCUCAUCAACGCUUACAUCACCACUAACUUCCCAACCCUAUUAGAGAUCCCACAAGACACAUUUCACACAACAACAGAUCUCAUACACUGGACAUCCACCACAGCAGACCUCAUCUUUCAACACUGGUGUAGACAGUUAAAUUUACAUUAACCACAAGCCACAGUCUGGAUAGAAAUAACUUUUCUUGCAAUCUCUCUCCUUCCCCAAUAACCAGUGCAGAUCCCCCACCAAGGGGAGCAGCGGACCGGUCAACAACUAAUAUCAUGAAUCUUUCCAAAUCUUUCAUACCCACAGCAGCACAGGUAAAGCUCCUGGAGAGAGGGUUGACAUUCAUCCCUCGCCCAAACAAAUUUGAUUGGGAGGAACUUCAAAGGGACACCCACAAAUACCAUAGAAGACUUAAACUGUUGGACUAUUUUGACUACAACACAGAGGACAAUCACCUACCAUUUACUUUACCAUCUACCUGGGAACCUAAAACCUCCCAGAUAGAUGGCAGAAUCAGGAGACUAAUUAGAAUGGACAAAAACACACUUCACAAUCAUCAGACUCACACAGAUAGGGAGGAUAACCUCACACACGUAGAAAGACAGGCAAUACAACAACUUAAAAACAACCCACACAUCAUCAUUAAACCAGCAGAUAAAGGUUCAAAAAUAGUAAUAUUGGAUAAACAUCAAUACAUGUAUGAAGCCAACAGACAGUUAUCAAACACCAAACAUUAUAAACAUAUAGAAAACAGUAUACAACCACAGACACAGACACAGCUAAGGACAAUAAUAAAAAGACUCUACGACCAACACUACAUCACAGCAAAACAACGGGACUUUCUCUACGGUACAGACACCCCACGACCUAGACUAUUCUAUUUACUGUUAAAAGUACACAAGGAACCGGAGACAUGGACAAUUCCCUUUGAAGUUCCUCCUGGCAGACCGAUUGUCUCAGACUGCAAUAGUGAAUCUUACAACAUUUCACAAUAUAUAGAUCAUCACAUCAACCCUCUCUCCACUAGGCACCCCAGCUUCCUCAGGGACACCUACCACUUCAUGGAGAGGAUUGGACCCAUAGUUGUUCCCUCCCAUACACACAUAUUCACAAUAGAUAUUGAUAGCCUAUACACCAACAUAAAUACAGCAACAGGAAUACAAGCAAUUAGAAACAUCUUUAAGAGAUACCCAGACAACACUAGACCGGACAAAGAAAUAUUACAACUAUUAGAAAUCAGCCUGACUAGUAAUGACUUUUUAUUCAAUGACCAAUAUUACCUGCAGGUGGAGGGAACAGCUAUGGGCAAGAAAUUUGCACCUGCUUACGCCAACAUAUACAUGGCUGAAUGGGAGAGAGAGGCACUGGCCAAGUGUCCAUAUCAACCCACUUUCUAUUACCGCUUUUUAGAUGACAUAAUAGGAGCCUGGCCCCACGACAUCCAGUUAUUCACAAAUUUUAUAAACAUUCUCAACGGUCAUCAUCCAUCCAUCAAGGUUAAAUACACAAUUCAUCCGCAAGAAGUCAACUUCUUAGACACAACAGUUUUUUUCAGUAACAACAAUCAAUCACAGAAAACACUACACACUAGAGUCUACUUCAAACCAACAGACACACAUGCUUUACUUCAUAAACACAGUUACCACCCCAAACAUACAUUUAAGGGAAUAAUAAAAUCACAAAUUAUACGGUUCUACAGGAUAUCAUCUUGCAAGCAAGACCUGGAUUAUGCAAUAAAUAUACUAUUCAACGCACUUAGAAGAAGAGGAUAUUCAAAACGAUUUUAA